CGGUUUGGACGGCAUGCAAUAAUGCUCAGCCACGUAAUAUGGGACCCAUAGUCACUUGCUCUUCCCUAUACCGAAGGACCAGAAAAAAAAGAGCUAAAUUAACCAAAGUCUCGAGUAAAAAAAGCAUGGUGAAGAUCGAAGUUGGAAGUGUGGGUGACUCGUUCAGUGUUGCAUCUCUAAAGGCUUACUUGUCUGAGUUUAUCGCAACUCUUAUCUUUGUAUUCGCUGGCGUAGGCUCAGCUAUUGCCUUUGGCAAACUGACUUCCGAUGCCGCCUUGGACCCAGCUGGUCUUGUGGCUAUUGCGGUGGCUCACGCGUUUGCCUUAUUUGUUGGUGUUUCCAUUGCGGCUAACAUCUCUGGUGGCCACCUUAACCCUGCCGUGACUCUCGGUCUUGCCGUUGGCGGAAACAUAACACUGAUCACGGGUUUCUUAUACUGGAUCGCUCAGUGUCUUGGCUCCAUCGUUGCUUGCCUUCUCCUUGUCUAUGUUACCAACGGCGAGAGCGUACCAACCCACGGAGUCGGAGCCGGUUUGGGAGCACUCGAAGGUAUCGUGAUGGAGAUCGUUGUGACAUUUGCUUUGGUCUAUACCGUUUACGCCACCGCUGCUGAUCCAAAAAAGGGAUCGCUCGGAACCAUUGCUCCGAUCGCUAUUGGUUUCAUCGUUGGUGCCAAUAUCCUCGCUGCUGGUCCAUUCAGCGGUGGCUCAAUGAACCCAGCAAGGUCGUUCGGACCAUCUGUUGUCAGUGGAGACUUGUCACAAAUCUGGAUCUAUUGGGUGGGUCCACUCGUUGGUGGUGGACUUGCUGGACUAAUCUACGGUGAUGUGUUCAUUGGUUCUUACCAAGAGGUUGAAACCUGUGAGAUCCGAGUUUGAUUAACCGGAUUUGUGAUUUCUUGAUGUUUGCUUUGAUUUUGUGUUUGCUGUGUAUGCUUGAUGUCCAUGCCUGCGUCUCUACAAGAUUGCAUGUAGAGAAAAAAGUUAUCUUAAAAAAAGAAGAAGUUAUCUUGUUAAUAAUAAGAAAUAUGUAUAUUUUCC